UGUGUUAGGACAGAGCUGGAGCCUGCUCGACGUUGUUUUAUUUUUCUUUUGCAUGCAUGGUAUAGGACCCAUGGUCAUAACAGGGCAUGUUAAUCACUAUACAGGUUAAAAUGGACCCAAAGUUUGGUAUCUGUUGGGAAAUUUGGUAUCCUUUGAGGAAUUUCCACUCUUAAUACUAUCGAAGGCGCAGAAUUCACGAUGCAGGAUGAGGAACCGGUCAGCUUUUACGCUUUCCUCCACUGGCUGAAAGAAGGACAGCCGGUCUUCUAAAAUGAAGAAUGCCGGACGACCACGUUUCCAGAAAGCCUGUCAUGCCUAAACCUCAACUCUCUAAUACUCUUGAAGAAUGAAUCUUUCAUGUUGCACCUUGGGUGUAAAUAUGAGCCACACCUGUGAAUGCCAGGUAUCCAACAUGACAGUAGAUCUCGGUCCACUUGGGGGUCAUCAGCUUUGGGAAGUGGUACUGAUCAUUCUUGUGACUGGCACGCUCUCCUUUAUCACCAUCUUGGGUAACCUGUUAGUGCUCAUCUCCUUCCGGCUCAACCGCCAACUAAGAACCAUCAGUAACUAUUAUCUCUUGAGUUUGGCAGUGGCUGACUUGAUCUUAGGGACAGUGUCCAUGAACCUCUACACAGCCAAUAUCAUAAUGGGACGUUGGAUGUUGGGACAUCUAGCAUGCGAUCUCUGGUUGGCGUUAGACUAUGUAGCUAGCAACGCUUCUGUUAUGAACCUCCUAAUAAUCAGCUUCGACAGGUACUUUUCUGUAACACGGCCAUUAACAUAUCGGACCAAACGGACACCCAGGAAAGCUGCGGCAUUGAUCACACUAGCAUGGGUGGUGUCAUUUGUACUGUGGGCCCCUGCCAUCUUGUUUUGGCCCCAUUCAGAAGAGGAACUGGAGGACAAGGUGAACUGCUCAAUCCCCUUUCUAACAGUGCCUUCUUUAACUUUUGGAACAGCCAUAGCUGCCUUCUAUCUCCCUGUCAGCAUCAUGAUCAUUCUAUACUGGCGAAUUUACUGGGAGAUCGAGAACAGAGCAAAAGGACUUGCCAAAUUUGUCGGGUCUGUUGGUAGCAGUCAGAGUAGCUCAGUGAAGGUAGCAAAGAAGUGGUCCAGCAGUACUCGAAGCAGCCUCAGUAGCUCCAUUGAGACACAUCCCAGAAAGGGUCCGGAGCUUGCCAGGAAAAUAUCAGUUGGGUGCUUUCCAGCAAGACAAAAACAACUUCCAGGAAAUCUCUCCAUGCUGCCACCACCAAGUGACAUCAAUUACAGGGAGGCGUGUAGCAGCAGCAGCUGGAAUAUUGAAGACGAGGACGAGGACGAUGCUGCAACAUCUUCGACAAGCGAGGAAGAGCAAAAGCAAGACCAUGCAGCAAUAACGAUGUCCGCAUCGAAUCCCGCACUGAUCAAGCUGAAGGAUUUGCACGUAACAUCCGAGUAUCAACAAGAAAUUCCAGUUUCUGGACAAGUUGUAGAUUCAUCGUUAGGCCAAUCUUCCAGACACCUUUCACUGAAGAAGAACCGACUGCUGGACCUCAGCCUCCAGAAGCAGCCCAAAAACAAAAGGCGACUAAACAUGAUCAUUCGAGAAAAAAAAGCAGCACGGACCUUGAGCGCCAUCUUACUGGCCUUCAUCCUGACCUGGACUCCAUACAACAUCAUGGUCUUGGCUUCUAUUUCAUACCGCGUCCCUGAAAAGUUAUGGCAUCUGGGAUACUGGUUGUGCUACGUCAACAGCACAGUGAACCCCAUGUGCUAUGCUCUAUGUAACGAGUCCUUCCGAACCACCUUCAAAACACUGCUACUUUGUCACCGUGGAGAUGCCAGAAAGUGGCAAACAAGUCACCAGAGCUGCAGUGUUUCCGUGAGGCCCAACAAGUCAUGCAGCACGGUGUGAUGUACAAAUCGGGUCUGUGUAUUUAUGAAAUAAUGGAUAGGAAACCCUGCUGGAGGGUUGUGUCGGAAGAUGCCCCAUCAGAGGGUUGAUCCGAGGAAUCAAAAGUUUAUAGUCCACAACAGCUAUGGAUAAUGCUCCUUCAUAUAAAAACCCAGUGAAGGGCUUUCUCUUGUUUUUGCCAGUGAUAAAUGACAGAACAUUUGGAUAUUUUUGCUCUGUUUAUCAAAGCACUGCUAAGUUAUGCGUUUGGGAAUCCGUGCCCAAAUUUCUCCCCUCCAUCGUCUUAUGAGGUAUCUGCCUUGUGUCCUGCCUACCAGUCUAAUCUCUCAGCUGUGUGCCAUUUGAAAAAGAGAGACGGGAGAGGAUGACUAAAAUAACAGCCGCUCCUCAGUUUCCGAUACACGGGCCCUUUGAACAAUGCAGCCAAAUUGUUCCACUGAAGAUUUUUUCCGUCUGCCGUCCGGUAUCCCUCAGACUCAUUCCUUGUUGUGAACUCAUAAGGAGAAUCGUGAUAAAUUGUGAUAGCGUUAAGAAAUUUGUUAAGAAUUUACCAGAAUUGUAUAUU